AUGAGUCCACUGUGCUGGGGUUUGUGCCUAUGGCUAUGGUUGAUGUGCACUGGCGUGGAAUGCGUGCCGAAAAUUCAUCUAAGCUCAAGAGACCAAGACGACGACCUUUCCAAUGUAGUUACAGUUACGAUGAAUUAUAUCGUUGAUGAUAACCUCAUUACUGAUGAUAAGGUGCAAGUGGAAGCCUGGUUAUCAUACGUCACGCAGAAGGCGAUGUUCGAUUUCCAACAUAUUUUUCAAUUCACUCUUAAUCUUAGCUACAGUAUCACAUACCUCGCGGAGCAGAGUGACCUAAACUCAAGGUUAAAACAUAUUGGAGGAUCCUAUCCUUGGCCGCAGGGAGCAAUUUCUACACUGGCUGACUAUUUUAGCGACAGGAAGCAUUCUGAUAUUAUCUGCCUCGUAACAAAGAAAAAGCUUGACGACUGGUCCAGUGUGAGAAAUGGGUAUGGUUACUACGCCCAGGGCACUCUCUGUGAAAACGGCUUACCAAUAUUGCUAGCGUACGUUACCGGUCAUGAGGGAUACUCAUCUCACAUGCUGCUCAGCAUUAUAAUCAACAGGUGGGUAUAA